GCUGCUUCUAUAAACAGCAGUCUACCAGCCGUCUCCUACGUCAAAUCUGUCGACAUCUGGAUUGGAGUUUGUCUUGCGUUUAUCUUCGCAGCUGUGCUAGAAUUUGCAUGGGUCUCAUAUAAAGGGAAUUUGUACACUAACUGUGUGGCACAUUCCCAGAGGGCCGGUACAAUGGAAAAAGAAUCCAACGAAGGAAGGAGAAAAGAGUCAAGCAACGACGCUUGGGGAGCAGCAAAAACCGAUGAGGAAGUGCUGUGUAGUGAUCAAGGCGCGCCUUUGUAUAAAAAACAUCUAACAUGGUGGCAAAAAUGGAAAGUUAAUGCAGAUUCUGCAAAGAUGAUUGACCUGAAAUCAAGUCAGUUUUCACAGUUUUAG